CUCAGGCUCUUACUGCUGACUGUUUGUGGAGGAGCUGACUUGGCUGGAUCGUACACUAUCUGAGAUCCGGAAAGGGAAAAACAGCACUAGGCAUUUGGAAUAUCCCUACAGCUUUGAAGUGAUGGGUUGGCUUGAGGAACCAAGUUGGCAGAUUCAUAUUUCCUUACUCAUGUUGCUGUCUCUACAAACCAAGGCAAACCUCUUGGAUAACAUGCUGCUGAGGAGUUCAGGGAAGCUCAAUUUGGAGAACAGAAAGGAGGAUGGCGAGAGCAAUGUAGCUGUACCACCUAAGCAGCUCCUGUUGUGUUAUUGCCAUCAUCACUGUCCUGAAGACUCGAAUAACAACACAUGCGGGACUGACGGCUACUGUUUCACAAUGAUUGAAGAAGACGAAUCUGGGAUUCCUAUGGUAACUUCAGGUUGCCUUGGAUGGGAAGGCUCUGACUUUCAGUGCCGGGACACACCAAAAUUCCAUCAAAGAAGAGCAAUCGAAUGCUGUAUAGAUGAAAAUUAUUGCAAUAAAAACCUCCAUCCUACCCUGCCACCUCAAAAAACUCCAAAUUAUGUUGAUGGAAAUAUUCACCAUAUGGCCCUGCUGAUCUCAGUGACUGUCUGCAGCAUAAUUUUGGCUCUGUUCAUCAUAUUCUGUUACUUCAGGUAUAAGAGGCAAGAGUCUAGGCCUCAUUACAGCAUUGGACUUGAGCAAGACGAAACGUAUAUUCCUCCAGGGGAAUCUCUGAAAGACCUCAUUGAACUGUCUCAGAGCUCAGGCAGUGGAUCUGGUCUCCCUCUACUGGUUCAAAGGACAAUCGCAAAACAGAUUCAAAUGGUGAAGCAGAUUGGUAAAGGUCGCUAUGGAGAGGUGUGGAUGGGGAAGUGGAGGGGAGAGAAGGUGGCUGUCAAAGUGUUCUUCACCACUGAGGAGGCCAGCUGGUUCCGAGAGACUGAGAUCUAUCAGACUGUACUCAUGAGGCAUGAAAACAUUUUAGGUUUCAUAGCAGCUGAUAUAAAAGGAACAGGGUCCUGGACCCAGCUUUACCUCAUUACAGAUUACCACGAGAGCGGUUCCCUGUAUGACUACCUGAAAUCCACCACACUGGACACCAAGGCAAUGCUGAAACUGGCCUACUCCUCAGUCAGUGGACUUUGCCACUUACACACCGAGAUCUUCGGCACUCAGGGGAAACCAGCCAUUGCUCAUCGAGAUUUGAAAAGCAAAAACAUUCUUGUCAAGAAAAAUGGAGCAUGCUGUAUAGCAGACUUGGGGUUGGCGGUUAAAUUUAUCAGUGAUACAAAUGAAGUAGACAUUCCUCCCAACACCAGAGUGGGCACUAAACGUUACAUGCCUCCAGAGGUGCUGGAUGAGAGCCUUAAUAGGAAUCACUUCCAGUCCUACAUCAUGGCUGACAUGUACAGCUUUGGGCUGAUUCUCUGGGAGAUAGCAAGAAGAUGCGUGUCAGGGGGUAUAGUGGAAGAAUAUCAGUUACCUUAUCAUGACUUGGUACCCAAUGAUCCCUCUUAUGAAGAUAUGAGAGAAGUUGUCUGCAUCAAGCGGUUAAGACCAUCAUUCCCCAAUAGGUGGAGCAGUGAUGAGUGCUUGAGACAAAUUGGAAAACUGAUGACAGAGUGCUGGGCCCACAACCCUUCUUCUCGCCUCACAGCCCUGAGAGUAAAGAAGACACUUGCAAAGAUGUCAGAGUCACAAGACAUAAAGCUCUGAUUCAACCAAGGAGUUUGAAAGGAAAGGCAUAUGUCAGAAAAGCCUCUUUCACCCACCCCCAUCCCACCCCAGUAAUGAUGGGCAAGAGGCCAGGCUGCAGAAUCAUUCCGAACUAACCAGAGUGCUGGUGCCAUUGCCACCAUGGCAGUGAACUGAGUCCACUGAGGAGUGCUGCUUAAAGAAACUAGACAACAGGAGGCUAAUUCACCCAAAUUGUUUCAGGCAGUUUCAAGCAAAUGAUGCUUUCUGUGAAAGCCUUUUGUGUCUUGCGAAAGAAAAAGAGACUUUUAGUGGCAAAAAUGUUUGAAGUUAAAGGAGGUUGUGAAGA